AGAAUUACAAGCAAAAAGAUGAAUUAUUUUGUUUUUUCAUUAGUUAUUCUUUUAUUUUUAUUUUCUCCAACUUUUGGUGCAAGCUGUCAAUCACCACGACAUUCUUCAAGUGGAUAUUCUACACAAGAUGGGUUCUUUCACUUCAAAACGACUUAUAUUAUGGAAUUUGCUCUUCAAUGUGCCAACAAUUAUGAACACAAUAGCCCAUUCUUUGCUAUUGUGAAUGGACGUGUUUAUCAGCUUUCAGUUUCUGAAGAGACGACAAAAUAUCAAGUUUCCUGGCUUCUUGAACACCCCGAAUCCAGUGCUCAAACAUUCGAUGUAGUUGUACUUGAUGAGGACAAGUUGGCAGAAUAUAAAAAGGCAAUCCAAUCAGGCGUUGAAAACCCUUUGUCUCGCAUAGAGCCUUUAUUCACCACUCAAUAUUACCAUCCAGGCGUUUCUAAAAAGGCUCCUUUCUCUUCUGAAGGCGUUUGUUUGUUGAUUGCUGCUGCUGCUGUUUAUUUUGCGCUCAAUUUUAAACAGGAAUUGGCAAAGCGUGAUUGA